CCAUGCAGGGGCGGACUGACCAUUUGGAAACUCGGGCACUGCCUGAGGGCCCGGGGUCAGUAGGGGGCCCCAUGAGAUGUCCCUGGUACCUUUUUCAUAGGCGUUUUUGAGUUUGGGAAAGGACACAGGGGCCCCAUGAUCCCUUAUUUCCUGGGGGCCCCAUGAGUUGUCAAUUCGCCCCUGGCUGUGAACUGUUUGGUUCUGGUGUGAAAUUCCGCCCCUGCAUAGUAUUUUGUGGUAGUGCUAUAUCAAGGAGAAUAGGCACCAAACCAAGUAGU